GUCACGAAAUUAACGGUGAAGCACAAUCACGAGCCAAACGAUUUGUCUGAAGACGAGUUGUCAGAUAUGGAAGAAAAUCAACAUAAUUCUAACAAUAUGACUGACUCCAAAUUGCUUGCUCUGCGAAAAGCCUUGCAAAAAAUUGAAACCUUUGCACGACAAAAAAACGAUGAUGAGUUAGAAAGAAUAGAGAAUAUAGUCACAAAACUCCACGAACACUUAACAAAUGAUUUGGAUGUAACUUUUUUGCAAAAAGUAAAUGUGAGCUUAGAAGCUGGCAACUACUCAGUUCACUUUGAGCAACCGAUAGACCAAGAAAAUUCAAUCAGCAUAAUAGAAGAUUUUUCAGAAAUACAAACUGUUAAAACACCAUGUCAAAAACGAGGACGAGGUCGCCCUAGAGGAUCGAAAAAAGCUCAAUUGUAGCACAAUAAAAUAUAGAUUCUCUAUUAUUUUCAAUAAAUUAUGGCCACUUUAAGUGGAAAUUUCAUAUGUUCAAAUUA